UCUGAAGUAAGCGUCUGAAGGUGGUGGGGAUUUAAUAAUCUUGACAGCUCAAGAAAGUGGAGAAGUUAGAGAAUGGAGUUGCAGACUCUGCAGGAGGCUCUAAAAGUGGAAAUUCAAAUUCACCAGAAACUGGUUGCCCAAAUGAAACAGGAUCCACAGAAUGCUGAUUUAAAGAAGCAGCUUCAUGAACUUCAAGCCAAAAUCACAGCUUUGAGUGAGAAACAGAAAAGAGUGGUUGAACAGCUGCGGAAGAAUCUUAUGGUAAAGCAGGAACAGCCAGACAGCAAGUUUCAAAUACAGCCAUUGGCAGAAAAUAAAAUUCCAACGCCACAGUCCCUACAGCUACAGCAGCAGCAGACUACGGCACCCUCUCCAAACCUGAUUGGAUCACAGAAGACUGUGACAACGGCAUCUAUGAUCACCACUAAGACACUACCUCUAGUCCUAAAAGCAGCAACAGCAACCAUGCCUGCCUCUGUUGUGGGUCAAAGGCCUACAAUUGCCAUGGUGACUGCCAUCAACAGCAGCCAGAAAACUGUCCUUAGCACUGAUGCACAGAACACACCCGUCAACCUCCAGACAACAAAUAAAGUUACUGGUCCAGGAACAGAGGCAGUCCAAAUAGUGGCAAAAAACACAGUCACAUUGCAGGUUCAAGCUACGCCUCCUCAGCCCAUCAAAGUGCCACAGUUUAUUCCUCCUCCUAGACUCACACCUCGUCCAAAUUUCCUUCCACAGGUUCGACCUAAACCAGUUGCCCAGAACAACAUCCCUAUAGCCCCAGCCCCACCUCCUCCUAUGCUUGCUGCCCCUCAACUGAUUCAGAGGCCUGUGAUGUUGACAACAAAGUUCACAUCCACCUCCUUACCUUCCUCACAGAACUCCAUACACCCAGUCCGUGUGGUGAAUGGGCAAACAGCAACCAUAGCCAAAACUUUCCCAAUGGCUCAACUCACCAGCAUUGUUAUAGCAGCCCCAGGUACCAGGCUUGCUGGGCCUCAGACUCUACAGAUCAGCAAACCAAAUGUUGAGAAACAGACUAUCAAGCCCCAAGCAGAAGUAGAGGAGAAGCCAACAGAGACUCGUACAGUUACACCCCCUGCACCACCCAAGCCAAAACGAGAAGAAAACCCACAGAAGCUUGCCUUCAUGGUGUCUCUUGGAUUGGUUACACAUGAUCAUCUAGAAGAAAUACAAAGUAAGAGGCAAGAGAGGAAACGAAGAACAACAGCAAAUCCAGUGUACAGUGGAGCAGUUUUUGAACCUGAGCGCAAGAAGAGCGCGGUCACAUAUCUGAACAGCACAAUGCAUCCUGGGACACGCAAAAGAGGUCGUCCUCCUAAAUACAACUCGGUGUUGGGGUUUGGGGCUCUGACCCCUACGUCCCCUAUAUCCAGUCAUCCUGACUCCCCAGAAAAUGAAAAGACAGAGACCACAUUCACUUUCCCUGCAACUGUUCAGCCUGUGUCCAUGCCCAGCCCCAGCUCCACAGACGGUGAUAUCCAUGAAGAUUUUUGCAGUGUUUGCAGAAAAAGUGGGCAGUUACUGAUGUGUGAUACAUGUUCACGUGUGUAUCAUCUGGACUGCCUGGACCCGCCUCUGAAAACUAUUCCCAAGGGCAUGUGGAUUUGUCCCAAAUGUCAAGACCAGAUGCUAAAGAAGGAAGAAGCAAUUCCAUGGCCGGGGACUUUAGCAAUUGUUCAUUCAUAUAUUGCAUACAAAGCAGCAAAAGAAGAAGAAAAACAGAAAUUACUGAAAUGGAGUUCAGAUUUAAAACAGGAACGGGAACAGCUAGAACAGAAGGUCAAACAGCUCAGCAAUUCUAUAACAAAAUGUAUGGAAAUGAAGAACACCAUCCUGGCAAAACAGAAGGAAAUGCACAGUUCACUGGAGAAGGUAAAACAGUUAAUCCGCCUCAUCCAGGGCAUCAACCUUUCAAAACCAAUAAACUCGGAGGGCAGUUCAUUAGCCAUCUCCAAUGGCAUGGACUCUGCUAAUAAUGUGAAUGCUGCCACCUCCACCCCAGCCUCUUCCCCCUCCCAGAGCUGCAUGGUGAACUGUAACAAGGCUGAGGAGACUAAAUAACACAGCACAGUCAGAAGGAGCCGGGGGGAAGGCGGCAAGGAGACAGAGCGAAACAAUAAAACUCUCUAGAAAAGCAAAGCUGGAUUUCUUCUGGAAAGCGCAGAACUCUUGGUUCCAGAAAGAGCGCGAAGAUGCUUGUGCCAGGCGGCACCUGAGUUGCCAAUCGAUCCUCCUUAUUCUGUGUGUGCGUGCAAAGUUUGGACCAUGUUACAUGAAUAGUGCCAGCUGGAGGUUCUUAGCCAGCACCAUGCCAAGUUAAAUAAUAUAUUUACUCUCUCUAUAUUUUACACCAGUGUGUGCCUGCAGCAGCCUCCACAGCCACUAUAGGUUUGUUUUAUUUUUAUUUGGGGGUGGGGAGCAGGGAGGAGGAGCAGGUUUCAAAUCCUAUCUGCAGACCAGUUUGUUUAGCUAGGGAAUGUCAAAAGUCCAAAGAGCCUGUGGGCUUUUCCUGUUUCUAAAUUAUCCGUACUACUAAACCAAAAAUCCAGUAAUAUGAAUGAACAAGUCCCAGUGUCCUGAGGGGCAGGUGGGACCAAGCCUAUCAAAUAAGCAGUAUUCACUAUUGGUUAGAUGGGAGACACAAAAAGGAACGGGGAAGGCUUUU